CUAUCAGCAUAUCUGUGUAAUAUGACAGUCGUGCUAGGUUCUUCCCGAAUGGCUUCUUUGUGCUUUGCCCCACCCUAAUGUCAGUGCAGUCAGAGGGAGCAUCUUGGCAAUGCGCUCCUCUCGCCUCCCUCAAUUGGACGCGUACAUCCACCGCCCACCUUGUUGACCAUUGGUCCGCUGUGUCUCUAGCACCCCGCCCCCUGGAGUGGCCCCGCCCCGCGGUCGCUCCCUCUCAUCACUCCGCAGGUCCCCGCUGCCAUGGACGGGCGGGGAGGCGGCAGCGGUGGCUCUAUCGCUGCGGGGAUGAGAGGAGUGGAAGCAGCAGCCGCGACGCCUGAGGAGCAGCAACAGUCCCGGGCGGCGGGGAGGAGGGGUACCCGCAGCCCAUGCAGCUCAGCGGGAACUCCGGGUACCGGCAAAGGCAGCCCGAACGGGGAAUGCAGGCGGGAGCUAUGUGAGGCGCCGCCCCGGGAGCACAAGGUGUCCUUCUCCACCGAACUUCCGCGGGGGAAAGAAACGGAAGAUGGCGAGGCCGGAGAAGAAGAGCCCCGCUCAGGCUUCAUGCAGCGCCAGCUGUCUGCCAUGCUUCAGCCCGGGGUCAACAAGUUCUCCCUCCGGAUGUUCGGCAGCCAGAAAGCGGUGGAGAGGGAGCAGGAGAGGGUGAAAUCCGCGGGGGCCUGGAUCAUACACCCGUACAGUGACUUCAGGUUUUACUGGGACUUCACAAUGCUGCUCUUUAUGGUUGGGAACCUAAUUAUCAUUCCUGUGGGAAUCACUUUCUUCAAGGAUGAAACUACCACACCAUGGAUCGUAUUUAAUGUGGUGUCGGACACCUUCUUUCUCAUGGAUUUGGUUCUGAACUUCCGAACUGGUAUUAUUAUUGAGGACAACACCGAGAUUAUCUUGGAUCCACAAAAAAUCAAGCGCAAAUAUCUGCGCACAUGGUUCGUGGUGGACUUUGUGUCCUCCAUCCCUGUGGAUUAUAUAUUUCUUAUUGUAGAAAAGGGCAUUGACUCUGAAGUGUACAAGACAGCCCGUGCUUUAAGAAUUGUGAGGUUCACCAAGAUCCUCAGCCUUCUGAGGUUACUUCGACUUUCCAGACUUAUUCGGUACAUUCAUCAAUGGGAAGAGAUCUUCCAUAUGACCUAUGACCUGGCCAGUGCAGUGAUGAGAAUUAUCAACUUGAUUGCUAUGAUGCUAUUGCUGUGUCACUGGGAUGGAUGCCUUCAGUUCCUGGUUCCAAUGCUUCAAGACUUCCCAACUAAUUGUUGGGUUUCAAUCAACAAGAUGGUGAAUGACUCAUGGAGUGAGCUGUACUCCUUCGCCCUGUUCAAGGCCAUGAGCCACAUGCUGUGCAUUGGUUACGGGCGCCAGGCCCCAGAAAGCAUGACUGAUAUUUGGCUUACAAUGCUGAGCAUGAUAGUGGGUGCUACAUGCUACGCCAUGUUCAUUGGACAUGCCACCGCUCUCAUCCAGUCACUGGAUUCAUCCCGUAGACAGUACCAAGAAAAGUACAAGCAAGUUGAACAAUACAUGUCCUUCCACAAGCUGCCUGCUGAUUUUCGCCAAAGGAUUCAUGACUAUUACGAGCAUCGCUACCAGGGGAAGAUGUUUGAUGAAGAUAGUAUCCUGGAAGAGCUAAAUGAGCCUUUGCGAGAGGAAAUUGUGAAUUUCAACUGCCGCAAGCUGGUAGCAUCAAUGCCACUCUUUGCCAAUGCUGAUCCCUGCUUCGUUACUGCAAUGCUGACCAAACUAAAAUUUGAGGUGUUCCAGCCUACGGAUUAUAUAGUUCGGGAGGGAACCAUCGGCAAGAAGAUGUACUUUAUCCAGCAUGGUGUGGUGAGCGUACUUACCAAGGGCAACAAGGAGGUGAAACUCUCAGAUGGCUCUUACUUUGGAGAGAUCUGCCUGCUGACACGGGGACGACGGACUGCCAGUGUCCGUGCUGAUACAUACUGUCGUCUCUACUCCCUCUCUGUGGAUAAUUUCAAUGAGGUGUUGGAGGAAUACCCAAUGAUGCGGCGUGCAUUUGAGACCGUUGCCAUAGACAGACUGGAUAGAAUAGGGAAGAAGAAUUCUAUCCUCAUGCACAAGGUUCAGCAUGACUUGAACUCAGGCGUCUUCAACAACCAGGAGAAUGAAAUAAUACAAGAGAUUGUCAAGUAUGAUCGGGAAAUGGUGCAGCAAGCUGAGCUCCAUCAACACCAACUAAGCGGUGGGAUGUAUGCUACAUGCAAUCCUCCCUCUCCUCAACCACAAGUCCCAUCUGCCAUAGCAACUUUGCAGCAAGCUGUGGCCAUGAGCUUUUGUCCUCCAAUGGCCAGCCCAUUAGUGGGUUCACCGCGCAUUAUGAGGCGACUCCAAUACACCCAAGGAGGGCCUGGAGCUUUUUCUAUGUCCCCAGCUCUAUUCCAGCCAUCCCUGCAGCUCUUGCAGCAUCACCCAAUCCCCCAGCAGGGCCCACGUCGGCCAUCGACUGCUGUGCCUAGUCCCCCUAACCAAUCACCACGCGUGUCUCAGAACUUUGCCUACCCGACCAGGCAUCAGGCAGGCUCACAACUUUCUCUUACCCAAUCUGGGGGUUCUGGCUCCCCACAGCGGCUGUCUGUUCACAAGAGCACUCAUUCUUUGCACUCUGGCACACUUACGCGUGAGUCUCGUCCCCUUUCCGCCUCACAGCCCUCACUGCCUCAAGGGGCAUCACAGCUCCGCAGUCCACCAGCUCCUCCUGCUACAACUGGCAGCUUAACCUCUCCAGUGGCCAAAGGAGGUUUGGGACCACAGGCUGGUCCAAGAGUACCUGCCCCUGCAAGACUUGCCCUCUCCCAUCAGUUGUCCUCUUCUGGUACAGUUGGUGGUGUAUCGGACUCUGCCGUUGGAACAUCGUUAGGAGGAAGGAAAGAUUCUGUUGUUAGUGCCCCAGAUACUGAUCCCAUCAGGGGACGGCUGUCUGCAAAUUUGUGACUGGGUAUACACAUGCCCUCACCCAAAUAGGUAGGUAAUGGAUGGUGCACAGUUGCUAAUAAGAGAGAAACUAUAAUGUGCCCUCCUAACCAUCCCUGUGCCACUUUAAUACAUCUUACUUGUUUUACGAAUAGUAGCCCUAACUAUGUUUGGGAGUGGAGGUAAUAUGUGGAAGUUACAAAGAACUAGUAGUUGAUCAGUAAAUGCCACUUCAGAAAGCACUCUGCCACAUGACUCCUCCAUUGUUAACAAGCGUAGGAAAAUGUGGUAUUGUUUAUUGCUAGAGGUCUACCUAGAGCUCUGCAUUAAAAUGAAUUGCAAAUUUUGUGUUGGUCUAAGGCAGCUGGUCUCUUGUCAGCAAGAAAGAGACUAUGGGUAUUUACUACUAAGUUAUUUAAAUGAUAUGUAAACAUAUCAAAAACUCUUAGCUGGUAGAUCUUGACUCUAAAAUUACAAUAUGAAAAAGCUUCAAGAUUGUUACUUAUGCCCAACAUAUUAAGCCAAUUUCCUUAUGCAAACUGCAGGCAGUUUGUCCCAGCUACUGGCUCUUUACCAGGACUUAAACGACCCAGUGACAGUGUCACCUAUGGAUGUCAUGAUAAGCGCCUAUAUUUAUAUAACCAUACAUACAUUUAGUUUGUAAUCAUAUAUUAUUUAGUAGGCACAUUUUUGUGUGAUGUCACCAUGUGUGCCCCUUUUCCUUUCAGUGAGCAAAUAACCAACUGAAUAUAGCAAUUAGGAUUAGGCACUGCAAGGCCCAGUAACAAAAUACAUACCAUUAAUUGUAUUGACAGGAGUAACACUGCAGGUGGCUGUUGUGAAAAUAAAUGUAUCCUUACAGCAAUAAUGCAGCCACUUUUAAAAGUUGAAUGCCAAUGAUUAACUGUUCAAAGGGUUAAACGGUACAAUAAAUAUGGCUGCAACCAUUGACACUUAACAAAACGUAAGAGUAAUCAAACUGCAAGAGCCAUUAUAGAGAAAGAGCCAAAAAAAUGCACUGCUAGCCAGUAAUGUAAUUGCAGCUGCUACAAAUCACUCCUGGUUAAAUGGUGGUGCCAAGUAGCCUUCCAGCAGCCAUGGAUCUGUGCUUGAUCUCUCGCACCAAAGGACCUCUGUGUGUUUUAUUUAUAAACCAUGUAUUUUUUUAUUUUUUUUCAGUAUAUCACUGCUGUUGUCCAUUCCAUGGAUUGUAUUUUAGAAAGCCAUAUUGUGUAUAUCACAGCUGUAUAUUGAUAUAUAUAUAUAUAUGCCUGUAUAAUCUGUACACUAUACAUCUUGUAUAGCAGGAGUGGGGUUUUGAGUGUUUAUCCAGGGUAGAUGCAAAUUCUUAAAAGCCACAAGUCAGGAAUUUUCACUUACAGCGAUGGAGGAAUGCUGUGUGGCAAAGCACAUUUUGAUUCUGGGUUUAUUCACCUCUGCCGCUUUAGCUGUGGUGUAGCCUUGGCUAGGUAAAUAUAUUCAAUGGCUAGGGACUGAAUUGUUUCUACCAACUAUCAUAACUGGCCUUAUUGUUCCAGCUGGCGUAUUAUGAAACAUGGUCAUAAAAAGCCCAAUCACCCUGCUGUUUCUCUAUGCAGCUGCACCACUGGUAAAACUGUGCACUGGGAACAAGCCCAUAGAGAGCACUGGAGUGCUUUUUUGAUGAAAUGCCUAGAAAGGGGCAGUCCCAUCUAGACUAAUUUCUCCUACAGGGAUUAAGCUUUAUAGGCAAUAUGUACCCAUGCUGUUCUUGGGGUUGUGGCUUUAAUAGUGAUGGAAUACAGAAAUUACCAUUGUGGCAGUUUGUGUCAACAUUGGGGGAGAAAAAAAAAAAAAAAGUACUACAACAUUCCAUUUUGUCUCUAAAUUAUGCAUUAUUUUCAAACGCAUGUAAUUCUUAUGGGAAAAAAAAAAAGCAGUUAUAUGCUAAGGUUUUAAAUGGGACUGUCCCUUCAGGAUAAUACAUAUGAUAGUUUUUAACCAAUCCCGUGAUAUGGGGGGGGGGGGGUACCCCAGACCUAAGAAGACAAAGUUUAUAUUCUUCAGAAUAGACAUUGCCCCCCCUCUGCUCCGUCUGUGGCUGGCAGUGUCACCGUUGAAUGUAUUUUGGAGACAAGGGGGGCCUGAAAGUGCAGGGUCUUGUGUCUCUGCAGAAGCUGCACUUUACUAAGCAAAUGAUUCCAGCUUCUUGUGUGUGCAAUAAACAGAUACUUCUGAA